AUGCACGUCCAGCCGCAGCCGCUGUCCUCCCGCAGAGGCAGACAGGGCAGACAGGGCAGAUGUGACAGACAGGGCACAGACCGUGGUGCAUCAGUGCAUCAGAUCCAUGAGGCGCUGCGGCUGCAGAGCCGUGUCUUGGAUCAGACCGUAGUAACGGGGCGGGCCUCAGGAGAACACGACUCGCCUUGUUGUGUGUAUUCCCGUGCUCGCAUCGCCAUCUUACCGGCAGCAGGCGUCCAGCUGCGAGGGACUAAGGUGUGCUUCCCGCGGACUCACAGCUCGCUCUUCUCCGCCUCUGCAGACACCGGGUCCGGGACCACGGAGCAUUUACGCGCAAUGAGCAUCGACACACUGUUGGAGGCGGCCAGGUUCCUGGAAUGGCAAGCCCAGCAACAACAGAGCACACGUGCGCAGGUCCCACAGGCGCAAACUAUAGUGCAGGGCAGCGACACGAUCAACGCGCACACAGACCCUCUCAGAGGAAACUUGACUUUAUUAUAA